AUGGCUGCAGCCAGGAAAAAGCCUCCCGGCUCCGCGUCUCCCCUUUGGACAACAUUCCAGACGUUGUGGCAGGAAAAACAUUUAAUCCUCUUCAAGACCGAGUAUACCUUUUUAGUGGUUUCCGUCUUGUGGCUCUUAGAAAUCGGGAUCAAUGUAUGGGUCAUUCAUAAAGUGUCGUACACUGAGAUUGACUGGAAGGCCUAUAUGGAUGAAGUGGAGGGAGUCAUCAAUGGAACUUAUGACUACACUCAGCUUAAAGGAGACACUGGCCCCUUGGUGUAUCCGGCCGGUUUUGUGUAUAUCUUUACCGCUCUUUACUACAUCACCAGCUCUGGGGCCAACAUCCGUCUGGGCCAAUACAUUUUUGCUAUGUUCUACCUCAUCACCUUGCUCUUAGUCUUCAGAAUAUACUGCCGCACCAAAAAGGUUCCUCCUUACGUCUUUUUCUUCAUGUGUUGUGCCUCCUAUCGGAUCCACUCUAUCUUCGUACUGCGUUUGUUUAAUGAUCCUGUGGCAAUGAUGUUGCUUUUUGCAGCGGUGAACCUUUUUAUCGACGGCCGCUGGUCCCUGGGCUGUUGCAUUUACAGUUUAGCAGUGUCUGUGAAAAUGAACGUGCUCCUCUUUGCCCCGGGACUACUCUUCCUCCUGUUGUCUGAGUUUGGUUUAAUCAAGACAUUACCAAAACUUGGUAUAUGUGCGAGCAUACAGCUCUUGUUAGGUCUGCCUUUCCUCCUGGAGAAUCCCGUCGGCUACAUGAGUCGGGCUUUCGAUCUGGGGCGACAGUUCAUGUUCAAGUGGACGGUCAACUGGCGCUUCCUGCCCGAGUGGCUCUUUUUGAACCGCUACUUCCACUUCCUACUGCUGGUGGCUCACCUGCUGAGCCUGCUGCUUUUCGCCCUCCGUCGCUGGAAGAGGUCUGGAGAAAGCCCACUUGAACUCUUAAAGGAGCCUAGCAAGAGGAAAGUCCCUUCACAGAAAAACACUGUCAACCAGAUCGUGCUCAUCUUGUUCACCUCCAACUUUAUCGGCCUGUGCUUCAGUCGGUCAUUGCAUUAUCAGUUUUAUGUUUGGUACUUCCACACGUUGCCCUACCUGCUGUGGGGUGGAGGUAUUAAAAAGAUGGCCCAUCUGCUCAGGGUCCUCAUCCUUGGUCUCGUUGAGCUUUCAUGGAACACUUAUCCUUCGACGUGCAGUAGUUCUGUAGCUCUCCACGUGUGUCACCUCAUCAUUCUCCUCAGUCUGUGGUUGGCCCCUCCUGCUACAACUGUAACGCAAAGAAAAGCACCAGCCAAGGACAAAUGCCAAUGA